UUUUUUUACCAGAAUGUCAUACCCGGGUUAUCCCCCUUCUGGCGGCUACCCUGCUUUUCCUGGUUAUCCUCCGACGGGACAAGAGUCUGUCUAUCCGCCAGCUGGUCAGUACUCCUAUCCCCCUGCUCCUGGAGGAUACCCUCCGGCAGGAGGAGGGACCUAUCCUGCAGCACCACCCAGUACUGGGUACCCAGGGGCAGCAGGAUACCCUGCCCCAGGGGGCUAUCCUGCACCUGGAGGCUACCCUGGAGCUCCCCAGGCUGGAGGAAUGCCACCUUAUCCUGGAGCUCCUACAGGCCCUGGGUUUGGUGUGCCUCCUGCUGGCCCUGCCUUUGGUGGCUAUCCACAGCCUCCUGCCCAAAGCUAUGCUGGAGGUGGACCAGCACAAAUUCCAGUAGGAUAUUCUGGUGGACAAGCACCAUCACCAAUGCCUGGUCCGCCUGCAGCAGUGGUUCAGUGUACCCAGGGCACAAUUCAAGCUGCUCCAAACUUUGAUGCUGGAAGGGACGCAGAAAUUCUACGCAAAGCUAUGAAGGGGUUUGGAACUGAUGAGCAGGCUAUCAUCAAUGUUGUUGCUAACCGCUCCAAUGAUCAAAGGCAAAAAAUCAAGGCAGCUUUCAAGACUAUGUAUGGCAAGGAUUUAAUUAAAGAUCUGAAGUCUGAGUUAAGUGGAAAUGUGGAAGAGUUGAUUCUAGCACUCUUCAUGCCUAGCACCUACUACGAUGCCUGGAGUUUACGUCAUGCAAUGAAGGGAGCAGGCACUCAGGAGAGAGUGCUGAUUGAGAUCCUUUGCACAAGGACAAACCAGGAAAUACGAGAAAUAGUGAACUGCUAUAAAUCAGAAUUUGGAAGGGACAUCGAACAAGACAUCAGAGCAGACACUUCAGGACACUUUGAACGAUUACUAAUAUCUAUGUGCCAAGGUAAUCGGGAUGAGAAUCAAACUGUGGAUUAUCAAAAAGCUCAAGAAGAUGCUCAGCGUCUGUACCAAGCAGGUGAAGGAAAACUUGGGACUGAUGAAUCUUGCUUUAAUAUGGUUCUGGCAAGCAGAAGUUUUCCCCAACUGAAAGCAACAGUUGAGGCAUACUCCAGGAUUGCUAAUCGUGAUUUAUUAAGCAGCAUUGACCGAGAAUUUUCUGGAAACGUGGAGCGUGGUUUGAAGACCAUUUUGCAAUGUGCUUUAAAUCGCCCAGCCUUUUUUGCAGAAAGACUUUACUAUUCUAUGAAAGGAGCUGGCACAGAUGAUUCUACCCUCAUCAGAAUUAUAGUCACUCGCAGCGAGAUUGACCUUGUGCAAAUUAAACAGAUGUUCACGCAAAUGUAUCAGAAGACUUUGGCUACAAUGAUAGCGAGUGACACAAGCGGUGAUUACAGGCGUUUGCUGCUGGCAAUUGUUGGUCAAUAGAAGAUUACCCGUUUUUUUGUUUUCUUUUUUAAAAACAAACUGAAGGACAUGUAACAUGCUUUAUGCACACACUGACUAUCCUUGCGUGUAAAAGAAUAAUUUUAAACUUUGUAUAAUCAAAUAUGCCUUCGUGAUGAUCCAGUCAGCUUGUUGCACUUCUAAUUGCCUUAAUUUACAGCACAUAAUAGUCUUUAUUGUAUAAUAAAAUAUAUAUCUUGUCUAUUAGCCCCUAAGUCGUAGUCCUUUUGACCCAGAUAAACCCACCUCCCCUCUGCCAGACUCCUGCAAGAUUAAACUGUUUGUCUCAGCCGAAUCUCCAGCACUCAACAAGUUUCUUGAAAUACCUAAACUUAACUGCUGAGCUAACUGCGGAUGACAAAAAAACGCCUGAGCCUGUGACGUAAAGCAUUUCACUCUCCCCUCCCCCCUUUAAUGUCUUUCCAUCGUGAUGUGGAAAAACAUGCAGGUGCUCAGUUUAAGUCACAUUACGCUGACAGUUUAAGGACCUUGGCAGAAUCUGACUGUAGUCCCCUAUUUAAUUUCUCAAAUUAUUUACCGUUAGUGGUCUGUUACCAUUGUGCUUAAGGCAGCAACGCAAAGGAGAAACCAUCUCGGACCUAAUUGUGAAGCAUCACCUUGUAAAGGAGCGGGCUAUACAGCAAACUCUAACGCUACAGAACACGUGUAAAUCCAAACUGAAAGCGACUGUGGCCUAGACAAUAUAAGUGACUGUGUGGAUGUUUUCAGUGGAUUUAAAAAGAAGAGCUUUGAAUAGCACAUGUGGCUUUUUAGGAAGCCACAGUCGAUCUGUUGGCAGCCGUAAACUUAACAGAAGCUUCAAGUCCAGGAUGUGCUUCCCAACAUCUCUAAGCAACGCUUCACCAAAUAACAACUGUAUUAUAGGACACCCUCACACAAACGGCAAACCCAUACAGCAAACCUUUCACUCUUGCAGAGCAUGUAUGUAAAACAUAUUGCAAAACAGUAACAGAUACCAAGUUUACCAUACCGAAACAGCUUCAGUAUUUCACUUACCUCAAUGUUCUGCAGCCUACAUCUGACUUUAAACUUUUUCUGAUACUAAACUGUGAAAUACAGUUCAGUUUAAAAUUCCUGGGUCGGAGUAAAAUGAAUUAUUUCAAAUACAAACAACAGAUGGAAACUGAUUUGGGGAGACUUAGACAUUCCACUCUGCAUUACUGUGGUCAUCCUUGGUACAAGUAUCCACUGAGAGAGACCUAUCAAUAGCUUUCCAAGCUUGACCAAGAUUCUCAUAAGCUUUGGCUCUUGUUUGUUUGCUCUUGAGCAAACUUCCUUACAAAUAAAGCAUUUAAUACUUAAAGCGUAUCAGUGCAUCUGUAUCUUUUCACGUGACUAAAAAACUCCCCGCCAUUUCAGCUGUCAUUCAAAGCAGAAUAUCGAUUAAGUCUGGCUCAUACAUACUACUACUACUACUACAAGAAAAAGAACAGAGCGUAGGGUUCCGUGUCCUAAUAGCAUUCACCUGUUCUGCGGCAAAAAGUGAUUUGCGUGACAUACUAGUAACAAAGAAUUGUUAAAUGGGUAACAAGAACAGAGUGACCGAUAGUGACAUUGGAGCAAAAAAUAGGCAAGGAAAGAACGAACAAGCUACCAUUUGUCCUGCCUCUGAAAAAGCUUUGUUUUUCUAUGUAACAAAUGUAAUGGCGUUUCAAGGUUAAACAUUAGAAAAAAUAAAGCUGUUUAUGAGACCAUUCCUCUCAAAAAGUGUUCAGACUCAAAUUGGAAGGGACUCUCAGAGAAAACCAGCCCCAGUCCCAGCCAUUUGUCUUUUUUGCUAGCGAGGCCGAUCUUCGUAAUUCAACAGAUACGACUGCAGCAAUUUUUCCAUUUCACAACUGGGAUUUACUAAGCUUUGAAAGGAAAGCUGUUGUUUAUCACUAUCAAUAAUUUUGGGUGGUGAAGCUGUGUGUUUGCCCUGAGACUAAACACAGGUGGGCUCUGGGAACUCGGCCGGUCUUCCCUGUUUGGCCCACCAGGUCGCAGCAAGUUUCCCGACAGCACAAGCCCCUGCUUUACUAUCAGCCCCCAAACACCUUGCUCGAGCACAUUCCAUGCUUCUGCUCCUCAGUUUGACCGAAAUGCAUUUACACUUCUCAGAACAGUCAGAACCCCAGCCUGCCUCUGCACACUCCUCUCCCCGCGGAGCAGAGCACCACAGAGGACAGCGUGAUCCCAGCAGUGCGGGAAGCAGUGCCCCACGCCCCAGGGUGGCUCAUGCCCCGGGACCCCCAGGGCAGGGCAGGGAAGCUCCAACUCAGACCAGGAACUGACCACGCCUCUCACAGCUUUUGCUCCGUGUCCUUCAGCUGGUGGAGUGAUUUCCAGCCUUCUCCCCUCCCUACCCAAGAACAGCCUAAGGACACACAGAUUUCCACCCCCCCUUCCCCCCAAACACUGAAAGCAAAAAACAAGCAAUGCAGACUACUUACAGUUUU